UGAAUCCAAUCUCAGUGUUAAAAAGAGCUUUUUCGAUGUUCGACUCAACAAAGUCUGGAAAAAUCGACAAAGAAAAAGUGAGAACCAUUUUGAAUACACUGGGUCACACUUUCGAUGAUCAAGAGCUCGAGUUACUUUUGAAACAAGAAGACGUUGAUGGCAAUGGAGUGCUUAACUUUGACUCGUUUUAUCGCGUGGCGACUCAUUUCCAAGAAGAUGAUGACGAUGAAGCGCUUCAAAAAGAAUUAAAAGAAGCAUUUCGUCUCUACGAUAAAGAGGGCAACGGAUAUAUCCCAACAAGUUCAUUGCGUGAAAUCCUGGCUGCUUUGGACGAUCAAAUUACACCGGAUCAAAUGGACGGAAUGAUUGGUGAAAUUGAUACCGAUGGAUCAGGAACCAUUGACUUUGAUGGUAAGCAACCCCUUUUGAACGGACCCCUAUUGUUCAGUAAUUAA